AGUUUAUUAAGUAAUCAGUAACCAAGCUAAUGUUUAUAGUUUAUCAUGGCGACCUUUUCUCAAAAUAAUUCCUGCCGUAAGUAUUUCUUCGAUACCAUUCUAUCUUUAUUAUACUGUGGAGCUUUUGAAGUUAACCAUAUUAAGAGUCUCUGUACAAUAAAUAUUCCUGAUAAAGAAAUUAGUAAGACUUAGCCCAUGCCGCAGAUUUGUUAGUAAAGGGUGAAAGGAGUGAUUUUAAUGAAUGGAACAAAAGUUAUUUUCAUAUAAAUAGCCUAAAAUCAGUGAUUAAUCCCACAGAAAUGACAAGUGAAGGCGAAGAGAAUAAUAUGGACUUAGAAUUGGAUGGUGGUGAAGGCGAAGAGGAAUACUUCGAUGGUGAUGAGAAUGGAAUUAACGAGGAUACGCGUUUCGACGAAACUAUCGGUUCAAUAGAGGAUAUCGUAAUGGACGAAAAAUUCCAAACUAUGCAGAAUACUUUCCUUGAAAAAUAUUACAUGGAAUUUGAAAAUACUGAAGAAAACAAAUUCAUUUACACAGAUAUACAUAAAGAAUAUUGUGAAUUAAUAGAAAAACAUAUCGAAACCGAACUGCAGAUUAGAAUUCCAGAUUUCCAAAUGGAUGAAUUUGCAAAGGAAUUAGAAAAUAGAAAAGAUGAGUUAGAUGGUGAAAUAUUUGAAAUGCUACUUACUUUUAGCGACUUUAUGAUAUUUAAGGAGAUGUUUCUAGAUUAUAAAUCCGCUAAAGAAGGUAAUACGGUGGAUUUAAGUUCCGGCAUCUGUAUAAGACAUUUUGGAUCAGAAAUUGAGCAACUCUCGCCCAUGAGUUCCUUAGAUUUCACUUUAUCACCAACCUCAUGACUUAUCUGCUCCCACUGAAAGGCUUUAACCACUUUUCUCGAGCAUUUACAGAAUGAGUUUAUGCUGUGAUAUAUUAACUAUUUGUUUUUUUAAUCAUGAUUUAUAUAAUGUAAAAAUUUAGCAAACGAAAUUUUCAGCAGGCCUACAAUUCCAUGAAAAAAAUGCCUAUAUUUAAACACGCGUCCAUAUAAUAGACCAGAGGAAGGUUUUAUUCUUUUUUUUUUAUUUCUAAAGCAGGAAAUUUUUUUUUUUUCACUGAUGGAGAAUAUCAAUUUAUUGAAGGAGGGAAGGGGUUUAGGGUAAAUAGGUGUAAAAAAAAUAACAUAAUAUCUAUAAUAAUAUUAAUAUAGCAGAGAGAAAGUGAUGGAAAGUAUUUUGUAUAUUUUUUUUUUUACACAAUGGGAUAGUUAAAUAAUUAAUUUAUAUACACAAUUUACCAGAAAAAGAACUUGAUAAAAAGAAAAACAUACAUCGGUGUCUUUUUUUUAACGGCAAAAACCGAUAAAAAUUUAAAAGUAUAUUUAUUAAAUAUUCUUUUUCUUUUUUAUAUAUAGAGAUUUAAAAAUUCAAUAUGUAUAUAUGGGAAUGCUAAUUUUUUCUUUUUGCCGCU